ACGACGAUCGCGAUCACCGACUUAACCCGUCAACAAACCACCGUCUUGUGUUGACCAACUUGAACACAACGGAGUCGACGCGCCGGGCACUGCGAGUAGUGCGGUUUUCUAUAUGUAUGGGUCAGAAGAAUAGAGUGACCCAUGGCCAGGAACCAAUCAUGAGGAAAUCCCUUUCGAUCUCAAGACACAGACAACAGAUUCAUCAGAAUGGGAAUCAUUAGACCCCAGGAAAAAGGCACCGCUCAAGUUCAAGUGGUCAGGGAAUGUAGCUGAAGGAACAAUCGUACUUCUGAAAACUAUGGAAAAGGCCGCUGGGGCUAUCCCCAUUCCUGGAGUGGCCGCCGUUUUUUUCCUCACCUCUGAGAUCGUGAGAGCCGUCGAUGUCGGUAGAUUGGAUACGCAACGCGAAUCGGACUUAAAAACGUUCAUCUCUUUUAACAGGAUACGAAGGAGAACAAAAAAGCAUACGGACUGCUUGCAGCAGAGGCCAGUGCACUGGCGAUAACCCUGAUGGAAGAAUGUGAAGAGAUCAAGAAUGACGACGAGAUGAGGAGCUCACGAUACCGGAGCCUCGAACGUCAUGUCGAAGAAUUUGUUGAAAUCCUCCAGGAGAUCAAGGAGUUCGCUGACGACCAGAAGAAGCGCAAACGCUUGGUGCGUUUCGGUACCGCCAAGAAAGAUAUGGGCCUCAUCCAGGAGUACCACGGCAAGCUGAAAGCGGCUGUGGAUCGGUUCAACGUUCAAUCGCACAUCGCCAAUAGUGGCACACUCAACAGGAUUGAAACCCUUCUCCGCAAUAUGACUCUGACAUCCCAGGAGUUGGAAUCCGUCGACGAAUCCUCGGAUACUCGCACCGAUGGUUCAGCGAAUCAGGGGCCUCAAGUUGUUCUUCCCAUAUCGGAAUCUCGCGACAGAACGUCUACUAUGGAAUCGACCUCCUCAAACAUUCCCUCACAAAAUGUCGACGUAGCGACUCCCAUACCACAACCAGCAUUAUCAUCUCAGGAAACGCGUUCUAUCUCUUCGGAAGCACGGUCGCAGGUUGGAGAUCAGGCCUUUGAAGUGCAGAUCAUUCAAGAAACGCCCUCACCUGCUCCCGAUAGGGAGUCAGUUUCUUCAACGCCUAGUCGCACGAAACCGAGGGACGAGAAUCCCAAUCCGAUUCCAAGAGCCGAGUCAUCUCCCGCCUCUUUUCGUUCAACUUCAACAAAUCCUUUUUUGACGAGACUGGCCAUGAUUCCUGAUGCAGGACGUAGUCCGCUCCCCACGCCUCCCACAAGUACUUAUACUCCGAAUCUCUUUUCUUCCCCUACAUCGGAUACACAAAACCCAUUUUCUAGCAUGUUCAAUCCAGCGAGUUCUGGCCCUAUCGUCUCGGGAAAUGUCACGGUCAAUAACGUUUCUGGCGGUCAGAAUGUCACAACCAACAAUCCCACGAAUCAUAACGUCAAUACGGGAAACACAUACAAUACCUCUACCGUGAACUCGAACAACCGAUACGAACACUCGUCGGAUCCCUGGUUUUCUUCUUCUGGACCCACUUAUAACUUCCACCCAAAUGUGUGGACACCCCCGCAAAAUCACUUUCAGCACGGUCAACGUCCUUCGUGGCCCGGUCACCAGCGCCCUCAUUAUCCGUCGUGGCCGACACCACCCGACCACGAAUACGCUCAUUAUCCGUCAAGGUCGACACCGCCCGACCACUUUCAUCCACCAGGGCCACCAUAUUAUUCGAAUCAUCGAGGAAGAGGAGACCUGUACUACAGAGAUGCUUAGAUUCAAAGGGAUCUGGUGUGAAUGUUUUCUUGUAUCAAGAUCAAAAUUCCGUGUAUAAAUAAUGACAGCGCUAGCUCCCGAGCCGAAGCUUUAGGCUUUGAAGCGUUCAUCCUGUAAG